CCUGCUUAACUUACAUCAUAGCGGAGAGCUCUCUGGUGGCUGGUGCAGCACUGCUGUUAUAAUAAUACUACAACAACAAAGAAUUUGUAUACAAGCGAGACAGCUGGUAGUUCAGACAUGUCUGGAAGGGGGAAAACCGGAGGCAAAGCUCGGGCUAAAGCGAAGUCUCGCUCUUCGAGAGCAGGGCUCCAGUUUCCAGUGGGUCGUGUCCACAGACUGUUACGCAAAGGGAAUUACGCGGAGCGCGUAGGAGCCGGGGCUCCUGUGUACUUGGCCGCGGUGCUGGAGUACCUGACGGCUGAGAUCCUCGAGUUGGCUGGAAACGCAGCGAGGGACAACAAAAAGACCAGGAUCAUCCCCCGCCACCUGCAGCUGGCCGUGCGCAACGACGAGGAGCUGAAUAAACUUUUAGGCGGUGUGACCAUCGCCCAGGGUGGAGUGCUGCCAAACAUCCAGGCCGUCCUCCUGCCCAAGAAAACGGAGAAGCCCGCAAAGAGCAAGUAAUCAAUCAUCGGCUUUUGUGAGCGAGGACAUUGGCAUAUAACGGCUCUGUAAGGAGCCCCCAUUUUCAGCAGAAGGUGUUGUUUCUUGUUCUUAUUUUUACGUUGCAGUGUGUUGUUCGUUUUCGUUCUGCGACGAAAAAUCUAAACUAAACAAUGCUUCAUGUACACUAUUGAUUUAUAACCUAUAUGUAUUAUUUUUUGCUGUUGGUGUUUCCUGGAUGAUUCCCUGUGUGUGUAUGUAUGUAUGAGAAGGACACUAGCACUAGCUAAAACCAACACUGGCUAUAAAAAUGGCCGAGGGACGCGUUUCAAAACAACUUGCUGUUAAAACACACACAAAGGAGGUGAAGGUCCUGGCAGCCUGCUGCUGCUGCGCUGCACCCUUCACAGACCAUGAUGAUUAUGAUGAGGAUUAUUAUUAUGGACCAACGCUGGUUACCGUCGUCUCUUUCACGACCUGUUAUUAAUGACUCUCUAUACAUAUAUCUACUGAACCGUGAACCUGUUUUAUGUUCUGUUCUCCCCGCUGUUUUAACGUUUGGUUUCAAUAAAUGUUGAGCGCCUCAGAAAGGCACAAAGACA